UCAACAACAACAAGAGCGACGAGACACAGCUCUGCAAUCAAAGUGCGAAACUCCGUGUGAAAUUAAGUGGAUGAACUGAUCGUCAGGAGGUUUCUGUAUAUCAAAGCGUCCUCUCUCGAGUCUGACUGAUGAACUGCUCAUUCAAUCUGUAUAGGUGCGUGGCCUCGGACAGUGCAAUGGAUUCAUCUGAGACAGAAGGUCGCACCUUUAUUCAGGCGAUAAGUGAAAAGUAUAGCCCAGAGAACUUUCCUUGUCGUCGCGGACCAGGCAUGGGGAUUGUGAUUGUGCCAUCUGGACCACAGGGGUCGCCUAUGAAAGACCGUCUGAACUUGCCCAGUAUGCUUGUCUUGAAUGGUUGCGGAAUCAGUCAUGCAGGAGAUGAGGGAGAAAUCGCAGCCUUCUGUGCUCAUGUAGUUGAACUUGAUCUGUCUCACAAUAAGCUCCAAGACUGGCAUGAGAUCAGCAAGAUUGUUUCCAACAUUCCACACUUGGAGUUCUUGAACCUUAGCUCUAAUCAACUGAGUGACGCUGUCUUGGAUCCAGACUGCGCUAAGGACUUUUCCAGCAUCCGCCGUCUUGUUCUUAACAAUACUCAAGUGUCCUGGAACACGGUGCACACUUUUACACGAGAGAUGCCAGAACUAGAGGAGCUGUUCCUGUGCCUUAAUGAAUACACCACUGUGACACUUUCGUCCAUGCCCUGCUCCACAUUGCGUCUGCUCCACAUCACAGACAACAGCCUGCAUGAGUGGAGCGAGGUGCGAAAAUUCGGCUCCAUGUUCCCUGCGCUGGACACUCUGAUCAUGGCUAACAACAACCUGAGCUCCAUUCAGGACUCAGGAGAAAUCCUUAGCCGGCUCUUCCCUAAUCUACGAAGCAUCAAUCUGCACAACUCAGGACUUAAUCGAUGGGAGGACAUUGAGAAGCUAAACUGUCUGCCCAAGCUAGAAGAGGUGAGGUUGCAAGGUAUUCCUCUGCUGCAGGCCUACACAAGCACAGAGCGUCGCAGUAUGAUGAUAGCCCAGCUGCCCUCUGUAACUUGCCUGAAUGGGAGUGUCGUGACGGACUUAGAAAGAGAGGACGCAGAGAGGUUCUUCAUCCGUUAUCACUUAGAUCACUCUGAGGAAGAGCUGCCUCACAGAUAUCACUGCUUGGUGACCAAGUACGGGAAGCUGGCCCCUCUGGCUGAGAUCGACCUACGGCCACGCUUCCACGCCAAGGUGGAGGUACGCUAUGAGGACAAAGUGGAGCAGGUGAGCAUUCGGCUGGACCAGACUGUUGCAGAGCUGAAAAAGCAGCUGAAGACUGUAGUACAGCUCUCCACCAACAACAUGCGCCUUUACUACAUUGACAAGGGUACUGCCUUCGGGCCUGAUGAAUUGAAAUACAGCACUCGGGCUUUGCACUCGUACAGCAUUCAAGAUGGGGAUGAGAUCCUGGUGGUUCCCAAAACAAAAUAAAUGGCAUGCCGGAGGAAUCGCUGAAAGCUGUAUUUAACUAACCAAAUCCACUUUGAACUUGUACCAUCUAGGCACUACAGAAUGAAUGGGACUUUCGGGGGAAAAAAUAACACCUAGGCUCAUCAGACUUGCUGGGGCUUCAAUGAUGUUUUAGUUGUACUCGAGCAGCACUUCACAUCACUACACAGUCACCAGAAACACCACUUGUGAUCAGCUCUGGUUUUGUUGCUGUUCAUUAAUGGUUUCCCUUUUGACUUCACAAACAACCCUACAUUUUCAGUGGCCCAUUUCUUCAAGAAUAAAGCAUAGAGGAGGCCUCUGGCAGCCCAGAUGUGCAUUUUACAGAUCUGAAGACAAUCACUCAUAGCUCAAAUACUGCAAAUAUUUGUUGCACUGCACUGAUGUUUCGAAGAAGAAAUCGUGGAUAUUUCCACAGCCUGCCAAACCCCAAUAUGUGUGUCAUAUGCUGUCGGCCAUUAAUAAAUACAAAAAGACUAUCUUCAUGAGUAAAGAUUUGGAAAAAAAAUUGUUUAAUUCACUUCUCUUUCCAUGUUGUUUUUGUUUUUUUAAUGUCUAGUUGUUUGAUCCUUUUUAUGAUGUGAUUGAUGCUAGAAAAUUGCAAAGCCGCAUGCAGGUAUUAUAAUUGUGUUUUGGUUUUUUUUGUUUUGUUCCUGUUAAUUUUCUUUUAAGGAGAACCUCUUUUAGUACUUUCCCUAUUGAAUGCAGUGCUGAGGAGGGCUCAACUCCUCCGAGACAAGGAUUACAUUGGGGAAAAUUGUAAUUCACAUUUCAAACUGGUCCAUAUUAAGUGAUAUGUUGAUUUCCUCUUCAUAAUAAGCACUCUUGAGGGACAAAAAGACAACACAGUCCACCAAAGUUUGUUUUAUUAUGAUGUAAAGUAUUUAAUGCACAAUUAUUAAUGUACUGAUUGGUGAUAAUUGUAAAGACAAUACAGAACAAAUCAGUAGCAAAUAAAUCAUGGUGUAUGGCUGUAUCCAGUAUAAAAUAACAAGGGGUUUAAAGACCUAAGAAUUAUUAUUGACUUUAUUGACUCAGUGAAACUGCAGCUAUUUGGUUCACAUCUCACAUGUGUUUAAAUGUGCAAUGCCAGACUGUUUCCUGGUGCAGAAUAUGCCAGUGUCAGAGACAGAGAGUGAUAUGUUCACUGUAAAAUCUAAUUAGUUAACCUUACUUAAAAAAAAAAAAAAGCAUGUAAACCGAUGGAACUGAUUUUUUUUUUUUUUUUUAAGGCAAAGUAAAUGUACUCAUUUGGCUCAAGUAAAGUGAACUAGUAGUAGUUCACUUGAGCCAAAAAAGUAUAUUUACUUGAUUUUUUUUAAGGCAAAUUGUUUCCUCACUUUUUUUUUUUUUUUUUAAUUAAAGCCAACUUAUUACAUUUUACAGUGUGUUUUUUCUUAAUCUUUUUUUAUUAUUAUUAUUUUUAGAUCAGAUUCAUUGUGAACCAUCUCAUUUGCUAACCAUGCCUGGUUCAACAAAAUCCCCUAGGUUUAGCAACUGAAACUGGUUCACAUGCUCUAAUUUGUUUGUCACUCUUUUUCAUGCAGUUAGUAAUUAACUGGCAUGUCAAAUAGAUUUUUUUGACUAAUAAAAUCAUAAUGUGACUUUAAGGAUAUACUGAUUGGAAAAACACUUUAUGUAAUUGUCAAAGUAUUUGCAUUGUUAUGUUAUGCUGACACCUAGUAAAUGUUUGGGUUAGUGGUAAAUUUGAUUUUCUACUAUGUACUGACAUGUCAGUGUAAGAAGAGAAGAAUGAUUUUAGUGUGAGAGUUUUAAGUGCUCUUCAGUAAACAGAAUGUCCAAGGCUUGAAACAUUUAAUUUGGGAAUUGCAAUUUUUGACCAUUUAUAAAGUAUAGGCUACUUAAACGAUGAUUGAAUUAAGUUGUAUUUUAGAGUUUGUUGACAUUUAUAAACAAAAAUAAAAUGAGGAGAUUUAUUGACCUAUUAUAUGUGUAUAACUUUAAACAGAAAUGGAAUGUAAAUGGAUCGUAAAAUGUUUAACAUCAGCUCCCCUUGAUGAAUAGGUUUUUGUCUUAAUUUAAGGUUAUGAUUAUUUAUUUGUAAUUAUUUUUGUGUCAAGAUAUUUAUAGUAUAUUACUGUAUAUGAAGGAUUUACAGUAUGAAUUUUCUGAUUAUGAUAUGCAAUAUUAAUAUUCCAUAUGUAUUUUACAACCUUGAAGGAAAUGUCACUUAAACUGUGACUGAUGUUUAUGAAGUGUGAAGACAGAAGAUAUACUACUGAAGAUAUUUCAUUUUAACUUAAAUUGAUUGCCAUGUAGAGACAUUUCGACCAGUGGGAUUCAUAGUACACUACACUUUUCAUCUUUGCAAGUUAUUCUUCUUUUAUAUAUAUAUUUUAUCUUUGUCAGGAUGUAAUGUGUUGACCACAUAGUUUAAAAACGCUGUGCCCUGCUUGCUUUCUUUGCUCUUGGUUUGCAUAAUCAGUUGUACAUUUGCAGUUCUUAAUCUUAUAUUUAAUUUAACAGACACUUCUGCAAGAUACUGUAGUCAUGUAUCAAGUGGAUGCAUUAGGCCUGUUAUUGUAAUGAACACUGAAAUUUGUGCGAGUUGAGUUGCUCAGUGUAAAACCAUUAACAUGUUGCAAUUUUAAAAUCAGAUUUGACUGUUUCAUACCAUUUAUUUGCCAGCAUAUGUGCACAUCAAUGUAUCUAUGAAUGAAAGUUGAAUAAGUGGCUGAAAAGCAAAGUGAGAAUAAAGUUUACUAUCUGUA